CCGCUGUAAACAAAUAAGUGAUGUCAGUUUCCUAGUCAGCUGCUGCACGAAAAUAUACUUAUUUUGGAAGGAUUCCACCGGGGAUAAUAUUUAUUUUGGUUUGUUUCGAAAACAAUGGAUUCGGUGCUACUCAGACAAUACGUCACAGAAGAGACAAUAGCAAGUGAUCCUUGGACGGAUGACGCUCUUCUGUAUCAACCAUAUGAAGCUGAACAAAUCCUUCUGGCAGAGAAUGCUAGCUGCUUGUCUGUAAAAGCAUAUCUAAAGAUGUGCAAUUUACCGUUUGGCGUAAAAUCUGCAGCGAAUGCGGAAUUCAUGUCGCCGGGCGGCAGAAUGACAAAACUACCAUUCGUAAAAGUUGGAGCCUUCGUAGUAGCCGAAUUCGAACCGAUCGUAAAUUUAGUAGAAAGUAAGGGAGUAAGUCUGUCAAAAUGGCUUGAUGAAGACCAAAAAUCGGAUAUGCGAGCGUAUAUUUCUCUUGUAGAGAAAAUUUUCACCUGUGCCGAGAUUUACAUAAGCUUCGCUGAUGACGAAGUACUAAGGCAAGUAACAUAUCCCCGAAAUGGUUGCGUUUAUCCGUGGCCUUUGAAUGUGUUCGAGAAUAUUAAGAAAAGGCGAAAUAUGCUGCGCCAGCUUAAUGUAUAUGGCUGGGGGAAUAUGACCCUGGACGAUGUCGUACAAAAAGUCGCAAAAUGUUGUGAAACGCUUGUAGAGAAACUUGGUAACGAGGAGUACUUUUAUGGAAACAGACCAACCGAACUUGAUGCAGUUACAUUUGGGCAUUUAUUCACAAUUCUUACCACAAAUCUUCCGAACAACGUACUUGCUGAAAAAGUCAGAGAAUACAAAUCAUUAGUUCGCUUUUGCCAGAAUAUUGACAAAAAGUAUUUUAAUCCACAAAAAAGCACAUAAAACUUUUUAAUUUAAUAUUUCAAUUUGUUUUGCAAGAGUUUGUAGAUACCUGUAUAGAAUGACAUUUAGAUAUCAAUAGAGAAUGUGAAUAGCAUUUCA